UCACAGCUGCUGGAUAAAAGAUCCGCAAAACAUUCCUCCAGACCCAAGAUCAUGAUGGCGGGCGAAAUGGUCGGCUGGGAAAACUCACUUGGUUUCUCGCCAUAUAACGAUCGCUUCAGAACGUAUCGGAAGAACAUGGCCCGCAUUAUCGGAUCGAAAAGGGCCGCAGCAAAGUAUGAUAGGCUGCAAGAAGCUGAAGUUGCUCACUUCCUACUGCAUGUCUUAGACGACCCAGAGAGAUUCAUGGACCAUAUCAGGAAGGAAGCGGGCUCGGUUAUUCUGAAAAUCGCUUACGGAUAUACAGCUGAGCCUUCCAAAGAAGACAUUCUCAUCAAAAUGGCGGGCCAGGCCAUGGACGAUGUAACAGCAGCUGGUGUGCCGGGUGCAUUUCUAGUUGAUAUACUGCCCCUAUUACGAUACGUACCAGACUGGGUUCCGGGCGCGAACUUCAAGAGACUUGCCAAGAAAUGGUCUUCAGAGCUGGACGAUCUUACUGAAAAGCCUUAUGCUUUUGUCAAGCAUCAGCACGCAUCGGGCAAGCAAGACAACUCAUUUGUCUCACGGCUUCUUGAAGUGGGAGAUUCGACUGAAGAAGCGAGGUUUACGACCAAGUGGUCUGCCUUGUCACUGUACGCUGCCGGGGCUGAUACGAAGAAGGCCCAAGAGGAGAUUGACGGCGUAAUCGGCAACGAGAGACUACCUAAUUGUUCAGAUCGGCAAAGUCUUCCUUAUGUCAAUGCGAUAGUCAACGAGGUUCUUCGAUGGCAUCCAGUCGCCCCUAUGGGGCUGCCUCAUACAAGCACUGUAGAUGAUGUGUUUGAAGGAUACUUUGUUCCCAAAGACGCACUGAUCAUGCCCAAUAUCUGGUACUUUGCCCAUGACCCUGAGGUCCACCACGAGCCAAUGCGCUUUAACCCAGAACGGUUCUUGUCUACCGACGGCAAUCAACCUGAACAAGAUCCGCACAUGUACACGUUCGGCUUUGGGCGCCGCGUAUGCCCGGGGCGUGUCUUAGCCGAUAACGCAUUGUUUCUCAACAUCGCUCAGUCACUCGCUGUAUUGCAUAUCAGAAAAGACGAGAAUGGUGCCCAACCUGAACUCCUAUUUACUCCCGGGAUGAUCAGCCACCCCGAGCCGUUCAAAGCCGCUAUUACGCCAAGAUCGCCACACCACGAACAAUUAAUCCGGUCAUUGGAGCAAGAGUACCCCUGGGAACAGAGCGACGGCCAUAUCAUAGAGAACAUGCAGCGCCAAGCAUCGUGA